AUGGAUCUCUUCAGUGGAGUAGCUUCAGUAUUUGCGGUUUGCGGUCAACUGGAAGCAUGCAUUAAAUGCCUUCGUCAAUUAUACAAUACCUUGAAGUUCGCGAAACGGGACGUGCGACAGCUGAUGGAGGAGGUUUAUAUUUGUCAAGGUCUUUUUAGUAUCUUCAACGAUGUCACACGCCCUCUGGGCAGCGGAGUGAUGACGUUGGCUCGCGAGAAAAACCUUGAUGAAAGAUUGCAGACCCAGGCCUCUUCGGCUCUUGAGCAAAUCAAUCACAUUAUGACCAAGUUCAAGCCGCUCAUGAAGGGUAGCAGCCCCAGCUCAUUUGAUGAAAUUUUAGCAAAGGUUCGGUGGCAUUUUACGAAGCAGGAGAUCCAAGCUUUAAUGAUCACAUUUAGUACUGUGAAGCACAGUCUUGGCUUGCUUUCUUGUCUCUUGGCAUUGGAAGGCUCUCUCGCGAGAUUCUCACAGCAGUCAACAGCAAAUGACAACCACGAUUUGCUUCUUAGUCAGAUGUGA